CACAUCAUUGAGUUGUUUAGGUAGAUAUUGACUGGAGAUACUGUCUUCACUGAAGCUUCCCAGAAAGACUGUAGAAAGGAGCUGAGCUUUCCUCCUUCGACCAGGAGUUCUCUCGGAAGCACAAGAGAUUUCAUUCAGCUGGUUUAUUCCUAUGAGAAACUACCGAAGCCUGAGGUCAUCCAGCUCUGAUCCUCCACAGCUCUAGGCGCACGGCUUCUGAGAUCACAGUUAAUUGAAAGAGGGAUUCAAAACAUUUCAGAGGACUGAAAGAAGAAUGCUCCGAGGCCGAUCCCUUUCUGUGACAUCGCUGGGCGGGCUUCCUCGGUGGGAGGUUGAAGAACUUCCCGUGGAGGAUUUACUGCUCUUCGAAGUAGCUUGGGAAGUAACCAAUAAAGUUGGUGGCAUCUAUACUGUGAUUCAGACAAAGGCCAAAACCACAGCAGAUGAGUGGGGAGACAAUUAUUUUCUGAUUGGCCCAUAUUUUGAGCAUAAUAUGAAGACGCAGGUAGAACCGUGUGAACCUACAAAUGAUGCUAUUAGAAGAGCAGUGGACACAAUGAAUAAACACGGCUGCCAGGUACACUUUGGAAGAUGGCUGAUAGAAGGGAGUCCUUAUGUGGUGCUCUUUGACAUAGGCUCUUCGGCUUGGAACCUGGACAGGUGGAAGGGUGACCUCUGGGAAGCAUGCAGUGUCGGCAUCCCUUAUCAUGACCGAGAAGCCAAUGAUAUGCUGAUAUUUGGAUCUUUAACUGCCUGGUUCUUAAAAGAGGUGACAGAUCUUGCCGACGGGAAGCAUGUCAUUGCCCAGUUCCAUGAAUGGCAAUCUGGAACUGGACUGAUCCUUUCUCGAGCUCGGAAACUUCCUAUUGCUACAAUAUUCACCACCCACGCCACACUGCUUGGGAGGUAUCUCUGUGCAGCAAACAUUGAUUUCUAUAACCAUCUUGAUAAGUUUAACAUAGACAAAGAGGCCGGGGAGAGGCAGAUCUACCAUCGGUAUUGCAUGGAACGAGCUUCGGUCCACUGCGCCCAUGUGUUCACCACAGUGUCUGAAAUAACAGCAAUGGAGGCAGAACAUAUGUUGAAGAGAAAGCCUGAUGUGAUUACUCCAAAUGGCUUGAAUGUUAAGAAAUUUUCAGCAGUACAUGAAUUUCAAAAUCUACAUGCCAUGUACAAGGCCAGGGUUCAAGAUUUUGUCCGAGGUCAUUUCUAUGGUCACUUGGACUUUGAUCUUGAAAAGACUUUGUUCCUUUUCAUUGCUGGGAGGUAUGAAUUUUCAAACAAAGGAGCUGACAUCUUCCUAGAAUCUUUAUCCAGGCUAAAUUUCCUGCUGAGGAUGCAUAAGAGUGACGUCACAGUGGUAGUGUUUUUCAUUAUGCCUGCCAAGACAAAUAAUUUCAACGUGGAAACCCUCAAAGGCCAGGCAGUGCGAAAACAGCUAUGGGACAUUGCCCAUUCUGUGAAGGAAAAGUUUGGAAAGAAACUCUAUGAUGCACUAUUAAGAGGAGAAAUUCCUGACAUGAACAAUAUUUUGGAUCGAGAUGAUCAAACAAUUAUGAAAAGAGCCAUCUUUUCAACUCAGCGACAGUCUUUGCCUCCAGUGACCACUCACAACAUGAUUGAUGACUCCACUGACCCCAUCCUCAGCACCAUUAGACGGAUCGGACUUUUCAACAGCCGCACAGACAGAGUCAAGGUGAUUUUACACCCAGAAUUCCUGUCCUCCACCAGCCCCUUACUCCCCAUGGAUUAUGAAGAGUUUGUCCGAGGCUGUCACCUUGGGGUCUUUCCUUCCUACUAUGAACCGUGGGGUUACACUCCAGCUGAAUGCACUGUGAUGGGGAUCCCCAGUGUGACAACCAACCUCUCUGGCUUUGGCUGUUUCAUGCAGGAGCACGUGGCCGAUCCUACUGCUUACGGAAUUUACAUUGUCGACCGGCGCUUUCGCUCUCCCGACGAUUCUUGCAACCAGCUGACUCAGUUUCUCUAUGGAUUUUGCAAACAGUCGCGCCGCCAAAGAAUAAUUCAGAGGAACCGAACUGAGAGGCUAUCAGAUCUUCUGGAUUGGAGAUAUUUAGGCAGAUAUUACCAGCAUGCAAGGUACCUGACAUUAAGCAGAGCUUUUCCAGAUAAAUUCCACAGGGAACCUACAUCACCGCCAACAACGGAAGGAUUUAAGUUCCCCAGGCCUUCCUCAGUGCCGCCGUCUCCGUCGGGGUCUCAGUUCUCCAGUCCGCAGAGCAGUGACGGGGAGGAUGGCGACGGGGAUGAGAGGUACGAUGAGGACCAGGAGGCCGAACGGGAUCGGCUGAAUAUCAAGUCACCGAUUUCUCUGGGUCGUGUUCCUCGUGGGAAGAAACAGCUGCAUGGGGAGUAUAAGAACUAAAUUCCACACCUGUUGAACAGGUCUAAUUUAGUAAGAACAUUGUAAGAAUGAUUACUUAAAGAAUGAAAACACCACAAAUUUCAUGUCUUCUUUGAAGGAUUAUAGUGGGAUUUAUUCCCUGCCUAAAAACUGGAGGUAAAGUAAAUGGCAGUUUUGUAAUUUAUAACAUAUCCAUGUUAUUUACUCCAACUCCUUUUCCCCCGCCAGUAAAUGAAGGGAUAAGAGAAAGAAUGAAAUUUUUUAAAAAUAGUUAAUUUAAGCACUAAGAAUUUUCACUUGCAAGUGUUUAUUUUUAAAUUAUCAUCAUCAUAAUCCUUUGUUUAAUAUUUAUACAGCUUCUGUUCCUACCAAACAAGUCUCUCAUUUUCCCCUAAAGCAUCCUGAUCUUAGCCACGGAUAUGCACCAUUAAUAUAUUUUAAAGAACUCACUCUCUAGUGAUUAUUUUCAUUGUUCACAUUAGUCAGAACCAUGUACUUGUAUCUAGCUUUGCAGACAAUUAAAAUCCUUAAGAAAGUAGUUUUCUCAUAUCAAAUCUUGAUACAUAUUAAAUGUAAACAUACAAAUAUAUUUACAAGGUCACUUUUCAAAUGAAUAAGAAGAUGUUACCCUCUGUACUGUACCAUCUGACUGUAACAAUUUUUUUGUUGUUUAAAAGGAAAGACCUUUUGGGAAACUUGACCAAUCUUCCAUGGAUGAUAAAUCAUUCAAUUCAAAUGAAUAAAUAUAGCAAUAUUGAAAAAUUUAA